CCGCCCCGCCUCUUCCGCCGCCGCCGUGGGAAUGGAAACAUCUACCCCACGUGCCGGAAGCCAGCUAGCGCUGACGGCGGCGCGCCACUCCGCGUCCUACCGAGCCGAGCCCCUACGGGUGUCAUCGCGAGAGGAGCUCGCCGAAAUGGCUGCAGCCAGUCAAGGAAACUUUGAGGGAAAUUUUGAGUCACUGGACCUUGCAGAACUUGCUAAAAAGCAGCCAUGGUGGCGCAAGCUGUUUGGGCAGGAAUCUGGGCCUUCAGCUGAAAAGUAUAACGUGGCAACCCAGCUGUUAAUUGGAGGUGUCACUGGAUGGUGCACUGGUUUCAUAUUCCAGAAGGUUGGAAGGUUGGCUGCCACAGCUCUGGGAGGUGGAUUUUUCCUGCUUCAGCUUGCGAACCACACUGGCUACAUCAGAGUAGACUGGCGGCGGGUGGAGAAGGACGUGCAGAAAGCCCGGGAGCAGCUGAGGAUCCGCCAGAGCGGCCGGACGCCCGCGGGGGCCACAAGCAGAGCGCAGGAGGUGGUGUCAUUUGUGAAGAAGAAUGUUCUAGUGACUGGUGGAUUUUUCGGAGGCUUUCUGCUUGGUAUGGCGUCCUAAAGAGGAUGACUUCACUUCCUUAUUCCUGGUUUUUCCAGCCAGCAGCCUCUUCACUCCAUCGUAGGAUAGCAAGUCUCUCCUCUUCGUCCUCUUCUCCCUCUUCUCCCGUGCCUUCCUCCCUGCCAUGGCGUAUCUGAAUGGCUUCUGUAGGCAUCUGUUGGUACAAGUGGAUAACGGCCCUACCAUGACCUUGACGGCAACGGAAGAGACAGUGGACGUUAACUCUUCUCCCAGCACACUCCCCCCUUGACUGAUCUCUAGGUCAGCAAGAAUAUUCCUUUCUCUUCUAUGUAAGAUACUUACCAGAACAUGGUACAAGAUGGCUCACCAUGGAGCGUGAGUGGAUCCUCAAAGGUUGUCCCAAACUUGAUUUGGAAAGGAAAUAACAAGCAUAUAAGAUACCUUACUAUGUUCUGCAUGGAAAGGAACUGAAUACAUUUGCCUUUAAGCAUGAAAGAUUUUGGUAUCUUGGCGUCUACUUUCUUUUGUAGUAGAUUUUAGGUUACAGAACGAGAACUACUUGUACUGGCUCUAAUUAUCCUGACAAAAUGGGGCGUGUGCACUACAGUUGAAAAAUCUGCAUAUGGAAUGAACUUGUACUAAAGAUACAUAUGCUGAGCGGAAGGUAUUGUGUUUGGUGGGAAGGUCUUUAGGGAAACCAACCAAUAGAUACAUUUAGGAUGGUCACUUAGAGGCAUUCAGGUAUUAUCUAGGGAUGUUUUCCAUCAUACAGGAUAAUGCAUCUCAUGAUGGUUUCCAAAGGAUUUAUUUAUGGUAAAAUAAGUGACUUUAGGUGGAAGAGGGAAGAAGCUCUUGGAUUUUUAUUUAAUAGAAAAGGUUUUGAGCUUUGAAAUGUGGAAUAUUCUUUACCUCUUGUCAAAACAUCAGGGGUAGCCGUAGCUCCUCUGUGCCAAUUCUACUAUUUAACCAGUUAGUAUGAAAUAUAUAACAUUUGAACCAGAGUUUUUAAAUGGUGACAUUCCAAGCAUUAAGAAUUGAGAACAGUAGCAAUAGCAACAGCACAUGUGAAAUAAAUUAUUUCUAUCAUCAAAGGUAAUCUGCUGUCUCAGGAUGACCCCAACUCUUAGAAUUUUUCUUUAAAAUAAAAGUUUAUAGAUAUACCCAUGCUUAGAAACUUAACACAUUUUUCUGUAAUGGCCUUCUAUUGUACCAUCUAGAAUAUCCACUGCAGGAAGGCAAGGCUUGUGUCUUCACCAUUAUAUCCAUGGAGCCAAACACUUAAUAAGUACUCAGUAUCUGUUGAAUAUAUGAAUAAUGAGCUCAUAGAAAAGUAUCUGGAAAAGGCACUGAUCCACAGGAUUUGUGACACUUCAUGAGUUCUGAAAAUUCGGAAAACUUGGAAUAAACUUCUUAAACUUGCAGGUGAUCCCUUGCAAAACGUGUGUUUUUAAGGCCUUCCUUUUAAAAUGUUUGCCUUUUAACUUACCUUGGGAAUGAUGUAUUGAAUUUGGAAAUUGUAGCUACUAGUGGAUGUGUGGAAUUUUUUAGAAUUCAUCCAUUUGCAUUUUUCUCCUUAUGUUAUGGUACUAUUUUAAGGCAACAUUAAGUUGUCUUGCUUGUAACGUAUGAAUUAUAUACAAAUCAUAACGGUAUGAGCCACAUUGUUCCAUAUUUUUAUAGAAGAACUCAAAUUUUUUUUCACUUUUUAUUAUGGAAACAUUCAAACAUGUAUAAAAAUACAGAAAAUAGUACAAUGACCCCCAUGUGUCCAUCACCCACCUAUAAUGAUCAUCAAAUUAUAGCUUGUUUUAUCAAUCGUUUUGAAACAAAUACCAAAUGUGUCAUUUUAUUAUAUUUUGGUAUGUGUCUGUAAAAGGUAAGAAGUCAUCUUAAAAAUCAUAAGUGCAAUACCCUAUCAUCAUACCCAUCUGACCCCACUCAGACCCGUGGAAUGGGGGCUGCAGGCAGUGGGGUGGGGUGGCCUUUCUCCAUCUGUUUUUCCUGUGAUUAUUGGUGAUGACAAAGAUUAGCAGGUUGCUCUAAGCUGCUUUGAGCGGGUUAUAAUAGAGAAUAGACAGAAGUAAGAUUCUAGCUUUCACCUGAGGGACGUGGUUGAGGUCAGUGUUCCGGGUUGGCCUCACCCUAUUGCAAUCAGGAUGGCCUUGAGUUCUGCCCGCUGAGUGGGGCCACCAUGGGUGGCCGGGCAGAGUGGGUGCUGAGGUUGAACAGUGGUGGUGCUCUGGUGCUCGUCACUGGUGGCAUUUCGGAGAGCUCCCCCAGGCAGUUAGGGGAGCCUCUAAAUGGAGGCCCUGUUGUCAGCAGCUUUGCUUCAGGUGGUGAAGUGAGAGGUUUCCCCACAAAGAACAGCUGCCACCCCUUCACGCAAAACUGAGACACCAGGACCAGGCAACUUCACCCAUGGAUACUCUGUUUCCAUGUGACUGGCAAGGCCUGUCUCAUGAUGCAUUUUUCUCCAGUACCCAGAAUCCAAUAACAUGCUGCGCCUCCUUAGUGAUGGGGGGCUGAAGAGAUGGCAGAUUUUCUUUGACUGACAGAGGGAUUAAGCGUUUUCAGUCGUCACUUUGACCGUGUUUGGGUUUUGGCUCCCCUUGUUCGGGGCUUCCCUAUCUGUAGUUGGGCCUGGACCGGAGAGCCUCUGACAGCUGGUGGCCAGAGUGCCUAUGAGGGUCUUCUCCCUUUUCGCUGUUCACCCCAGAGCCCCCGUGUCCUCCUUCUCUCCCCUCCUGGCAACCCUGCCACUCUGGACCACCCUUGAACCCAGCGUCCCUCCUUGUGAUGGGCCAGGUGGGAUGGGGAGCUAUAAGCAAGGGAGGGGGAGAGGGAUCGGGCAUUUCUGCUUUCCGGCUGCUGCCCGCUCAGGGCCAACAAAUAGACUCCCGCGUCUUCAGUCUUGCUAAGGCUCUGUAUCCUCACUGCUAACACGGUUUGAGCUUGGGGACACCUCCGCCUGAGUGGCCCCAUUGUCAUGAGUGUCACUGUCAUUGACUUUCCUCCGGCUGCCCAUCCGGGCCACUUCUCUGCUCCCGCCCCUCAGCCUCCCGACACUCAUUAACAGGCUGACAGCCCUCCCUACUGGACUUGGCAGAACACAGGACAUGACUAAAGGAGUGAAUCUUACAUGAUUCUAGCUAACAUACUCUUGGGGUGGGUGCUCAUGGUUUUGAAAUGCUUAACUACUGUGAAAAUGUUCUCUCCAUCAUCUUUUUGUUUGACUUUUGCCGGAAAGAUGGACAUGACUAAUGGUUGCGCUCUUAUUUGAAACCUCUACUUUUGUGUAGUUUGGGAGAUGUAAUAAAUUUCUGAUUGAAAAAAAUGGUGUAGGGAUAGAUUUUAAAUAUCUGAGAAUCAUUAAUGUUUCACGAUGAAACAUGGGUUUCUUCUCUCAGGGAAAUUUGCUCACGGCCAGGUUUGGACCCUGCAGGCAAAAUUAGGCUGCUCCCCUCUCUGCUCCCUCCACCAGCUCACCAGCUUCAUUUCUUUGUCAUGGUUCUAGGUCUGGGGGCUUCUUAAGCACUUACACAAUAGUAGUGUGAUCUCUUGGAGAAUUGGGCAGAAAACAUACCUUGUUCUGGACCUGAUUUCCCAGAAAUCAUACAGUGUGGCUUAUGUCUCUGAUACUUGAUACUUAAGGAAUCGUGAAUUUCAAGAGCACUAUUUUUCUAGCGAAAACCGAGUGUUGCACUUUCUUCACGAUUUUAGAAAACUGUAAAGUCAGCUUAUUGAAACACCAAAACUACCGUCGUGAAUUUGAAAUGGUAAAAAUGCCGUUAUGAUGACUGAGAGCAGUGGGUCGCAUCCUUGCUUGCCUGGCUGCCGUCCUGGAGGCUCUGGUCGCACUGGUAGCGGCGGGGCAGCCUCAUGUUUGAGGAGCAUCUGAAGUUGGGAACCACUGAACUACAGACUUGGAAGCUGGUG